CUCAGAUCUACGAAUUUCAUUACCUACCUAGUACUACCUAUACUUUGGUAGCGCCUCAAGCUUUACAUACUUACUAAAUUUUUAUUUACAUGUAUUAAACGUCUCCAAAAGCCUCAUAAGAGCCAAGUGCAAUUUGUGGUGAGGCAACAUGGCGGCACCUCCGCCUCGAGGACUCUCCCUCUACGACAACCUUCACGAUCCCAAUGACCCGCCCGCGUCGGCGACGAUAUCUUCCGCGCCAGUGACCUAUAAACAAGGCGAAGCUACCGCCGACGAGCAGGCGCCGAAAAAAGCCAUCAAUGCCGCCCUCCAAUUCCAACCCAUCCGCCGACCACAGGUGAAGCAGCCGAAAGCCAAGUCGGCAUUCCCAAAAGCUAUUCCCAGGCCUGCUACGGAUCCAGUGACGGCCACAACUGCCACCGGAGCGCCGCAAUCUGUAGGGCCUCAAUCAGUACCGCAUCAGAGCUCUCUUGCCGACUGGGUAGCGACAGAGGAAGAUGAGUGGAUGUAUGGCGUUGGAGAGAAGCGCCAGCGCGGCGGUCGCAAGAAGAAGAAGAGGAAGCAGGACGAGCAGUUCGAGACGGAUUGGGACGAAAUGUACGAUCCGUCGAGACCAACGAACGUGGACGAGUUUCUCAAAAGCGAUGAGAAAGUAGCAGAGGUGCAGGAGUGGAAAGGUCUGCUAUAUCGACACCGAAAGAGACCAGAUGAGAGUGACAUAUCAGACUCUGAGGACGAGGGAACGCGCGCAGCACCUUCCAACCAAUUCGCUCCGCCUACCUCUUACAACUUUGCGCCUCCUCCCAGAUCUCCUCCAGCCGCUCCACCACAAGAUGAAACUGCAGAUGAGGCUUAUGCCCGCCGUCUAGCCCUCUCGUCAACAGAACAACCACCUCCUCCUCCUCCGCCACAGCCUUCCAACUCAUCAAUACCUCUCCCACCGCCUCCACCGCUUGAUACGAGCCUCAAUCCUCCUCCGCCUCCACCACCGUCAGAUUCCGUCUCGAUAUCCAAAGCUCCCGUCCGUUAUAACCAACCCACCCUAUCCCUCGACAAUGUCGAGGACGGCGAAGACGAAAGGUACUCCCCACCGCCCAGCUUCAGUCACGCCAACCAAGACACCAACCAAGACGACGACGACGAUACCCCCCAAGACUCCUCCCAACCACGAUCCAACCGCCCAGGCCAGGUCGGCUUCGCCCAGCGCCUCAUGAGCAAAUACGGCUGGACAAAGGGCACCGCCCUCGGCGCCAACGAAUCAGGCAUCCUCAACCCCCUGCGCGUCCAAGUCGAAAAGAGGCGCAAAAAGGCCGACGCAGACGGCGGUGGAUGGGCCGAACCGGGAGGCAAAGGCAAGAUCAUCGGCGGCAAGCGCAAAGAAGCGGCCGGCAAGUUUGGCACCAUGAGCGAGGUCAUUGUGCUUCAGAACAUGCUGGAAAACAUGCCCGACCUCGAGGCGGAAAUCGCCGAUGGGCUUGGCCAGGAAAUUGGCGGAGAAUGCGGUGAAAAGUAUGGACGAGUCGAGAGACUAUACAUUGACGUCGAGACCCGCCAAGUCUUUAUCAAAUUCACAGAUCAGGUGUCUGCCCUGCGAGCAGUCAAUGAAUUAGAUGGUCGCGUUUUCAACGGCAACACCAUUAUCCCAAAGUUUUACGACACUGAAGAUUUUGAAAGGGGCAUUUACGUGAAUAAAUCAAAGUAGCGUUACCACGGUGUCAAGCACGAAGCAAUAUUUGCAUUAUAGUAGGGACUGUAUUUCAUUUUCACGACCAGGAGCGAAAUAGAUAUGUAAUAAUUAGGCAAGGUUGAAUUCAUAGAGAAAACAAU